GAGUUGCACCGAAUCGAGCCGCAACUUGGCCGCAGCUUGUGUACACGUUACAUCCGGUUUGGAGAGCACUCGUAGCAGCGGCAGCAAUGGCAGCGUUUUCUGAAAUGGGCGUCAUGCCUGAAAUCGCGCAGGCUGUGGAAGAGAUGGACUGGUUGCUACCUACUGACAUCCAAGCAGAGUCUAUCCCCCUUAUUCUUGGUGGAGGAGAUGUACUUAUGGCAGCAGAGACCGGUAGUGGCAAAACAGGAGCCUUCAGCAUCCCUGUGAUCCAGAUCGUGUACGAGACCCUGAAGGAUCAGCAGGAGGGCAAGAAGGGCAGAGCCUCUGUCAAAACUGGAGGAGCAAUCUUCAACAACUGGCAGAUGAAUCCUUAUGACCGCAGCUCGGCCUUCGCAAUCAGUGGCGAUGGACUGUGCUGCCAGAGCAGGGAGUUCAAAGAGUGGCAUGGCUGCCGCUCCACUAAAGGUGUCACCAAAGGGAAGUACUAUUAUGAGGUGGCCUGCCAUGAUCAGGGUCUGUGCCGGGUGGGCUGGUCUACCAGUCAGGCAGCUCUGGACUUAGGAACUGAUAAGUACGGUUUUGGUUUUGGUGGCACUGGAAAGAAAUCCAACAACAAGCAGUUUGACAGCUACGGAGAGGAGUUUACCAUGCAUGACACCAUCGGGUGCUACCUGGAUCUGGAGAAGAAACAAAUUUCCUUCUCUAAAAAUGGUAAUGAACUCGGUGUGGCUUUUGACAUCCCUCAAAAUCUUCAGAAUCAGCCUUUCUUUGCCUCCUGUGUGCUCAAGAACGCAGAGCUGAAGUUCAACUUCGGCGGAGAAGACUUUAAAUUCCCCCCUAAGGGUGGGUUUGUUGCCCUGAACCAGGCACCGGAGGGUCACGUAGUCAAAUCUUCUCAGACAGGGAACGCCAAAGUCAGUCAGGCGAAAGCGUCACCCAACGCACCUAAGGCCCUGAUCAUUGAGCCAUCCAAAGAGCUGGCUGAACAGACACUCAACAACAUCACGCAAUUUAAGAAAUAUGUGGAUAACCCCAAACUAAGGGAACUGCUGGUAAUGGGUGGCGUGGCAGCCAAAGACCAGCUGGCAGCUUUGGAACAGGGGGUUGACAUUGUCGUGGGAACGCCAGGCAGACUGGACGAUCUCAUAUCCACCGGGAAGCUCAGUCUGUCCCAAGUCCGCUUCCUGGUGAUGGAUGAGUGUGAUGGCCUCCUGUCAGCAGGCUAUACAGACUUUAUCAACAGGAUCCACAACCAAAUCCCUCAAGUCACCUCUGAUGGCAAAAGACUCCAGGUGAUCGUGUGCUCUGCCACGCUGCAUUCAUUUGACGUGAAGAAGUUAUCCGAACGCAUCAUGCACUUCCCCACCUGGGUGGACCUGAAGGGAGAGGACUCCGUUCCAGAGACAGUCCAUCACGUGGUGGUGCCCGUCAAUCCCAAAAGCGACCGUCAAUGGGAGCGCAUGGGCAAGAACCACAUCCGGACUGAUGAAGUUCAUGCCAAAGACAACACCAGACCAGGAGCUAAUUCCCCAGAAAUGUGGUCCGAAGCCAUCAAGGUGCUGAAGGGCGAGUACACACUCAGAGCCAUUAAAGAGCAUAAAAUGGACCAGGCUAUAAUCUUCUGUCGCACCAAGAUCGACUGCGACAACAUGGAGCAGUAUUUCAUACAGCAAGGAGGGGGUCCAGACAGUAAAGGUCACCAGUUUUCCUGUGUCUGUCUCCACGGUGAUCGUAAGCCCAACGAGCGGAAAAAUAAUUUGGAUCGCUUCAAGAGAAAAGAAGUGAGGCUCUUGAUCUGCACCGAUGUAGCGGCCCGAGGAAUAGACAUCCACGGAGUUCCUUACGUGAUUAACGUCACGCUGCCAGAUGAGAAGCAAAACUACGUGCAUCGUAUCGGCAGAGUUGGAAGAGCCGAAAGAAUGGGAUUGGCCAUCUCCUUGGUUGCUAUGGAAAAAGAGAAGGUGUGGUAUCACGUUUGCCCAAACCGAGGCAGGGGCUGCUACAACACCCGGCUGAAGGAGGACGGAGGUUGCACCAUCUGGUACAACGAGAAAGAGCUCCUGUCAGAGGUUGAGGAGCAUCUAAAGUGCACCAUUACCCAGUGUGAACCAGACAUCAAAGUACCCGUAGAUGAUUUUGAUGGAAAGGUGACGUACGGACAGCGCAGAGCACUGGGAGGUGGCAACUACAAGGGCCACGUGGAUGUUCUGGCCCCAACAGUCCAGGAGCUGGCUAACCUCGAGAGAGAAGCCCAAACAUCCUUUCUCCACCUGGGAUACCUGCCAAACCAGCUCUUCAAAGCCUUCUGAACAUCUUCCAACUAGCAUUAGCACUACAUUAGCACCACAGGCUACUGACAUGAGAUGUUUUUAUUUAACGCACAAGUCGUGUUAUUUAUGUUAUUGUUUCACCACUCAGACAGAAAUACACAAACAACAAUUAAUUUACAUGAAUUAUUAACAAAAAUGUGUCAAAUGGUUCAGAUGUGCUGAUGCUGCAUUAACAAAAGUGAACUGAACAAAAUAGGAGUUCUCUAAUCCUAGUUUGAGUUUUGAUUUUCAUUCCCAGAUCAAUAUGACUGAUUUGAGUUAAUGUGUAAAAAAAAGAAAAGAAAAGUGGCUUGGUGUUUUCUGAAAUAAACGGUAGUAGUCUGCA